AGUUCAUGGCAUUUGACCUGGCUCUUGGAACACGCUGCUUGAGAGGACAGGAAUAUGUAAUAUGUUAUUCUAUAUUCUAAUAUGUUAUUCUUCAGCAUGGUGUAGAGUGUAUUCCUUCCAACUCUCCAAAUCUAGUCUGAUCACAUUCACAACAUUGCUCAAACCGCCAUGCAGAAUAGAACAAAAAACAAAGAAAGGAGGGGGGAAAGAUCAUUUAAUAACUCAAUGCCUUCUAGCUGGCUCUGCUCGGGUAUACGUGCGCCCACGAGCAUCUGAAUGGAACUACAUGGAAGGAAGCGCCGACGUCAGUUUUGGUCACAGUUGAGUCACAGGAAACUGUGUUGAGAAAAGCAUUCUCUGGCAGACACUAGGACCCGUGCCGUCCAUUCUAUGGGGUGGGGAGGGAUUUUACCCCUGACGUUUCUACUGUCAUACGUGCUGAAAUAAACGUGAUUCAAUGGUGCAAAUUGGAACUUAACGGGCAGACUUGACAAAUCAGCUGCAAUUCCCUGAUAGAUCAUCACCCCAGCAGGGUUUAGUGAGCAGUAAAGAGCACCAUGGGAGGAGUCGCACUGGACGAUGGCGGGAGUCGGGUGAAAGCACCGGAUGGAGGCUGGGGGUGGGUCGUGCUCUUCGGUUGCUUCGUCAUCACAGGCUUCUCUUACGCCUUCCCCAAAGCCAUCAGUGUCUUCUUCAAGGAGUUAAUACGGGAAUUUGGCGUGGGCUACAGUGACACAGCCUGGAUCUCCUCCAUCCUCUUAGCCAUGCUCUAUGGCACAGGUCCUGUCUGCAGUGUGUUGGUGAAUCGUUUUGGCUGCAGGCCUGUUAUGAUGGUAGGGGGACUCUUUGCCUCUCUGGGGAUGAUCUUGGCCUCAUUCGCCACCAGUAUUAUCCACAUUUACCUGUGUGUUGGAGUCAUCACAGGGUUGGGCCUGGCCCUGAACUUCCAGCCCUCUCUGAUCAUGCUGAACCGGUACUUUAGUGAAAAGCGUCCGCUGGCCAACGGCUUGGCUGCCGCGGGGAGCCCAGUGGCCCUGUGCUGUCUGUCUCCCCUGGGUCAGGUCCUCCAGUAUGAGUUCGGCUGGAGAGGGGGCUUCCUCAUCCUGGGGGGGAUCCUGCUGAACUGCUGUGCGUGCGGCGCCCUCAUGAGGCCCCUCACGGGCCCUAAAAAACCCGAGGGGGAACUGGCGAUCGAGGAGGGCGCGGCGGCGGCGGAGAAGAAGCCGAAGCCUAAAGCCAAGCUGCUCGACUUCACCGUGUUUAAGAAUCCCGGCUUCGUCAUCUACGCUGUGGCCGCCACCAUCAUGGUCCUGGGGCUGUUCGUGCCGCCCGUGUUCGUAGUGAGCUACGCCAAGGACCUGAAGUACGAGGACAACAAGUCGGCGCUGCUGCUGACCAUCCUGGGCAUGAUCGACAUCUUCGCCCGGCCCACAUGCGGCAUAAUCGCCGGCCUCAAGUGGGUGCGCCCGCACUGCGUCUAUCUCCUCGGCUUCGCCAUUCUCUUCAAUGGCAUCACCGACCUGGUGGGAUCCAUGGCCAAGGACUACGCCGCCCUGGUGGUGUUCUGCGUGUUCUUUGGCAUCUCGUACGGAAUGGUGGGCGCCCUGCAGUUUGAGGUGUUGAUGUCGAUUGUUGGCACGGAGAAGUUCCCCAGCGCCAUAGGCCUUGUGCUCCUGAUGGAGGCCAUGGCUGUGCUUGUAGGACCACCCUCCGCAGGAAAACUUCUUGAUGCCACCAAAGACUACAAGUAUGUGUUCCUGCUGGCCGGGAGCGAGGUGGUGCUCUCCGCCCUGGUGUUGACCACAUGCAACAUCCUCUUCAUCAAGAAGACACCUCAGCAGUCGGAUGCCAUGCUGGAGGAUGGCAAAGCAGGCACAGAAAUGGAGCAGCUCAGGAAGCCUGAGCAGGAGGUGAAGGAGUUGGAGGAAGGGGCCCCAAAAACCAACGGGGGCAUGGAGGAGGUGAAGCAGGGGGCCCCAAAAACCAACGGGGGUGUGGAGGAGGUGAAGGAGGUGUCCCCAAAACCCAACGGGGUCGUGGAGGAGGUGAAGGAGGGGGCCCCAAAACCCAAUGGGGACGUGGAGGAGGUGAAGGAGGUGUCCCCAAAACCCAAUGGGGGCGUGGAGGAGGUGAAGGAGGUGUCCCCAAAACCCAACGGGGACGUGGGGGAGCCCCGGCCCGACAGCGUCAUGGUGGAUUCCGGAGAAGUGGAGCUCUUUCUGAAAGAUGGUGGGGCGCAGAAUGCUGACGCCGUGUCCAACCCUGAGACCAAUCUGUGA